AUGGCUACCCUGAACUUCCUCAAAUCAUCCUUGGAAGCGGUAGCGGAGGACGUUCAGAAGCUCGCGCUGUCUGACGAACAAUACAGCCUUGGCCUCGAUAUUGUGCUGCAAGGUACACACAGCGAUACGUAUCGACAGUUCAUCGUUCCUCAACUUUCUCGCUUGUUUGCUCGACUGUCCAUUUCGCAGACAUCGAUAUCCAUAUUGGAAAUCGGCCCCGGUCCAAAGACGGUGCUUGGCUUGUUGCCUCACCAUCUUAGAAGAAGGGUCAAGAGAUAUGUGGCAUUUGAACCCAACGCCGUUUUCGCUGCGAAUUUGGCAGAGUUCCUCGCUCCGAAACAAGAGAAAGACAAACCCCUGCCACGUCUCCAUACUCCGGCAGAUAUUCGUGCUGGGAAAUUCACUAUCCAUCAAGACGCCCCUGGAUCAGAAGAGGAGAAAUUCGACCUGAUUUUGUUCUGUCACAGCAUGUCCGGUAUGAGACCGAAACGAGCCUUCGUUGAGAGAUCGUUAAACUUCCUCGCCAAAGCUGGAAUGGUGGUGGUCUUCCAUCGCAGCGGUUCUCUCGAAUUCGACGGCUUGGUAUGUCAUGCCACCGCCAGUUUCCCGACUGGUGUCGUGCGAGUGCCAAAUGAAGAUGAAAAGUUGGACCAAUUCGCUCCGUUCAUCGCUGGAUUCAUGCCAUGUGAAUCUCUGGUGGAUGAUGUUCUGGAUGAAUGGCAGAGGGUUUGCCGCGAAAAUGGCCGCAUAUCGAUCGGACAUGCUGAUCAAAUCGAGUUCAGCUCUCCUGAGGUGAUGGUUGCGUUCACUCACGGCGCCACCUCGCUGCCAGAAUUGCUGGCUAAAGUGCCCACUGUAGUCAAUGGAAAGCCCAUCAAGAGCCCUGAAGCUCGUUCUUGCUCUCCGGCGACCAUUGUCCGGCCAGAAGGGAUCCAACAUGUCCGGGAGUGUGUUUUGUGGGCUCUCCACCACGGCCACAGCCUCACCGUACUCAGCGGUAGCCACGGCGGCCACUGUAUCGUGGAUCACACAGUGUGCGUCGACAUGAGCGCUUUUAACGAGAUGCAAAUUGUUCCGCGCAGCGGUGGUGUAGGACACGCUGAAAGUGCUGGACAGAGUCUGGUCGUCGCGCAGACUGGAUGCGAUACUGGAGAUAUCAUCCGCGGGACAAUGGUAGAAGGCCUGACUGUCCCGUUAGGGGCACGUCCCAGCGUAGGAGCUGGACUGUGGUUGCAAGGCGGGAUCGGACAUCUCUCCAGACAGCAUGGACUAGCUUGCGAUGCUAUUGUUGGCGCGAUUUUGGUCAGCGUGGACUCCGGCGGGGUAUUCGUUGUCGGCCACGUACCUGAAGCUCACCAGCCGUCCGGUGCUACACGACCAGCGAAUGAGGAUGAUAUCCUAUGGGCACUCCGAGGAGCAGGUACCAACUUUGGAAUCGUCGUCAGUGUCACCUUCAAGGCAUUCCCUGCAUCGAAAUUUUUGACUGGGAGCUGGAAAAUCCCGCUGAACGGUAAUCUCGAACUUCAAAGUAGGAUCGAGGAGCUCAACGCCUACGCUAUUGAUCUCCCUCCGAGCAGCUCUCUGGAUUUCUACUUGUAUAGUGAAGCUGAUCAGCUCAACCUGGGAGCAAUUUUAUAUGAGGCAAGAGAGUCAGCAGAUCGAACGUCUGACAGCACAACAUCUGCUGCUCUGCGUCUUUGCUCUACGCUGGGUGUAGAGCAGACCUCUCAAGUCGUCGACGCCGUUGAUCUUUUUGAUACAGAAAUGUAUGUUUCCGGUAUGCAUGGCGGUCAUGGCGGUGGGAAGACUUCCUCAUUCAAACGCUGUGUGUUCCUGAGAAGCAUCGACGCAACGAAAGUCCUCUUAGCUUUGACAGGUGCCAUGGACUCUCGACCUUCACCCCUCUGCUAUCUUCAUCUAUUACAUGCCGGGAAAGCAGUGACUGAGAUCGAAGACGAUGCUACUGCAUUUGGCUGCAGAGAUUGGGAAUUCGCGUGCGUCGUGACUGGCGUCUGGAAGCGUAGUGAAGACGGCACCGCCGCUUCUCGCUCCGCCACUGCAUGGGUCUACAGCACUGUCAAGGAACUUUUGAUCUACUGUCAGGGUGUGUAUGGUGCGGAUCUUGGUCCCGAUCCGAGAGAUGCCAGUCUUGCUGCCUAUGCCUUUGGGCCGAAUCGACCGCGCUUGGCUCGUCUGAAACGGAAGUUGGAUCCACACAAUGUUCUUGCUCACGCUUGCCCGCUGCCUCAGAUACCCAAAGCUCCUAAAGUCAUCAUCCUCGUGACAGGAGAGAUAUGCGCAGGGAAAGACUUUUGUGCGGAUGUGUGGGUCGAAUUUCUCAGCCAUCAUCAUCGACUAACAGCUCGUGCUGUCAGCAUCAGCGACGCAACUAAACGUGAGUAUGCCUCUUUGACCGGCGCUGAUCUCAACCGGUUGCUGCACGAGCGUGCUUAUAAAGAAGAGCAUCGGACCGCAUUGACGACUUUCUUCAGACAGCAGGUACGAGAUCGACCGUGGCUCCCGGAAGACCACUUUUUGCAGUUGGUACAUGGCGCGUCUGACACCGAUGUACUGUUCGUUACCGGCAUGAGAGACGAUGCCCCUGUAGCGACUUUCUCGCAUCUCGUUCCACACAGCAAAGUUAUCGAACUACGUGUCCGCGGCAGCAAAGAGACCCGAGAACACCACGCGAGGCCAAAUUCUUGUCCUGUCAACAGUAAUGACAAACAGAGUGACUGGCAACCUGAUCUUAUCUUUGACAACUAUACCGCUGGUGAAGAGCAAGCGAAUCUAUUCGCUAGCUCGCACUUACUUCCGCUCAUCCAUCGAGAUUUCCACAGACUGGGCGAUAUGGUGCGCUCCGUGCCCGACUUUCCGCGGAAAGGCGUGGAGUUUCACCACGUUCUGAAUAUCGCUCAGCAAGCACAAGGACUGUCUCUGUGCGCCAAAUUGAUGGAAAGUCACUUUCCAGGCGACUGGUCCAAGAUCGGAACGCUUGUCUGUUGCGAAAGUGGAGGCUUUGUCUUUGGCGCAGCAGUGGCAACGCGGAUGGGCCUUCCGUUGGCUUUGAUCAGGGAGGCCGGGAAACUGCCACCACCCACUGUCUCGGCAGCGAAAAGGCCUUCCUUUAUAUCCUCUCUGGCAAUAGAGCCCGUGGAGACCAAGAGGUUCGAGAUGGCUGCAGACGCUAUUCCUACGCAUAAGCCCGUGGUGGUAAUUGACGAUGUCCUCUCUACUGGGACGACACUCUGUGCUGUGCUACAACUGCUGGUGGAGGUCGGCGUUAGUGUUGAAAAUACCAGUGUCAUGGUGGUCGUUGAGUUUCCCGUGCACAGAGGUCGCCAGUUCUUGCGUGAGCAGGGCUUCGGCAAGGUCCGGAUUCAAAGCCUGCUUGUAUUUGGAUGCACAUGA